UCACCGUGUGUGCUGGGGAGAAAAAGUUUGCUCACAUCUCCCGGUGACUCUCCAGCCAUGGACGCAUCUCGAGCUGUGACGUUAUAUUUGAGCCUACUCCUUGUUUUCCUUUGGAAUAUACCGUGUUUCCACUCAGCUGCUGUCAUCUCUCCCUCUACGCCGAGGAGAAACAGAGGAACCAGGAUCCAUCAUCGGGACGGACAAAGGUCAACCAAACUCUUAAAGGACAUCUUUGCGUCUUCGCAUCACAGAGAAGCCCUGAAGAACACCGUGGUACCGCACGAGUACAUGCUUUCUGUGUAUAGGACGUACUCGGCUGCGGAGAAACUGGGACUAAACGCCAGCUUUUUCCGCUCUUCCAAAUCUGCCAACACCAUAACAAGUUUUGUGGACAGAGGAACAGACGAUCUUUUGCACUCUCCUCUGCGAAGACAAAAGUAUCUGUUUGAUGUCUCAACCCUUUCAGACAAAGAGGAGCUGGUCGGGGCCGAAUUAAGGAUAUUUAGGAGAGCGUCGGGGGAUUUGGAGACGGCAGGCCUCUACGACAUCCAGCUGUACCCCUGCAGGUCGGACAGGCUACUGGACUCCAGGUCCCUGGACCCACUGGACUCCCAAAAAUCCGAGUGGGAGGUUCUGGACGUGUGGGAAAUGUUUAAAACGCACCACCACAACCAUCAGCUCUGCUUUCAGCUCCGGGUCACCCUCGGUAAAUCAGAGACCGAGGUGGACCUGAGACAGCUGGGACUGGACAGGAACGGCCGAUCCCAGCAGGAGAAGGCCAUCCUGGUCGUUUACACCCGCUCCAAGAAGAGGGAGAACUUGUUCAACGAAAUGAAGGAGCAGAUCAAAUCAAGGAGGUCGGUCGGGCAGGAAGCGGCGGAGCAGGAGGAUGAGCAUGAGGAAGAAGCGUUGAAGGCUGCAAGGAAGGAGGGAGCGAAAGGAGAGGGGCCUCGGAGGCGACGGAGGACUGCGCUGAGUAACCGUCACGGGAAGAGACACGGAAAGAAGUCCAAAUCCAGGUGCAGCAAAAAGGCACUGCAUGUGAAUUUUAAAGAACUGGGUUGGGACGACUGGAUCAUUGCACCCCUGGACUACGAGGCGUACCACUGUGAAGGCGUGUGCGACUUCCCGCUGAGGUCUCACCUAGAACCCACCAACCACGCCAUCAUACAGACGCUCAUGAAUUCCAUGGACCCCAACAGCACCCCACCCAGCUGCUGUGUCCCCACCAAACUGAGUCCCAUCAGCAUCCUGUACAUAGACUCGGGCAAUAACGUCGUGUACAAACAGUAUGAGGACAUGGUGGUGGAGCAGUGCGGGUGCAGGUAGCGGAUGUUUUCCACUGAAUGAUAGCAAUAAUAAUAUAAAAAAGACAACAGUCCACAUGGGUUGAAGUUUGGUGCGUAAAAACGCAUGACGCGCCUUCAAAAGGGAUGCGCACGGAGGCGACUUUUGCCAGUAGAAUAAUUUAAACUCUCGCUCUUCUUUCCCAAAGAGAAAUCAGUCAUUAAAAAAAUACUUGUGCACGCAGUGAGACCACAAGGAACGCACGAUUCUUGCGCACCGGUGCACCUGCUCGCAGCUCUGCGAUGCGACACUGACAGGCGGACCGUUUCGGGCUCCUGCGCCCAAGUGGUGUCGUUACUGGACGGAACACGCGCUUGUUUCUUCCCAAACAAGCGUGAAUGUCGAAUCCACAACAAAACACAGACACGUCGGUGCCGCCAAGACAAUUUGCGCGAGUGGAGACCGAAGGAAUUACACACGAAACCAGACUGCGCCUCCAGAAGUGGACUCACUGGAGCCCUGUUGUUUAAAAAGCACAUGCUGACGCGAACUUUUUGCUCAAAGUCUGCAUCAUUACGAAAUGCACUUCCAGGACUGACUGCGCGAAUUCAACGCGGCCAGCAAAAGAGUUUUUCUUCUCUGACGAAUUAAAAAAAGACUCGCAAAAGAGACGAUAUUUAAAUGCACAUUAGCUUUGAAUGCACUGCUGUUCGUUAUUAAAUUCUGUAAAUAUUUGUACAGCCAAAAACUUUACAAAGUGCAACUAAUGAAGAAAUGAGAAAAGGCAUUUCUUUGUAAAUACACAAAUGCACUCAAAUCGGUAUAAUUUCUAUUCUAUAAUUAUUUUAUUAUUUGUGAUGUACAGAGUUUCACGAUAAUCAUAUAUUUCUUACAUUGAUAAGAGUAAUUUAAAGUGUAUUCAAUAUUUUUGCAGAGGGUGAAAAUACCGUUAUUAAUGUCUACCUCAUAAUUACAUAUAUAGGAUCUGAGUUUUGAGGUGCAUUCAGUUAGUGUAAAGAUCUUUUACAUUGAUAUAUAAGAUCAUUUAUAUACUUAUAUUACUGGAUAAUAUUCCACACGAUUACUGUACAAAUAAAAUAAAUCUACCAGUUUUCUA